AUGGGUGGCUUCCACGCAAUUACAAAUGUCUGCGCCAGUGGUACCGUCUCGGUUGCGAAGAUACGGCUACAGAGUGAUCCCGUGGAAGCGAGGCAGAAAGAAUCACUGGAUGAACUUUUCUCGGAGAACAUCACAGCGAAAAUAAUACGAACAGCUCAGAAACAUUUAUCACACAACAACCCGCCCUCACAAUAUCCACACAUUGUCCCCCAGACUGGGCAAGAUGUCGGUAAAUACGUUUCCAAGGGGAUUGACUUUUGGACCUGUGGGUUCUUCCCAGGAUCUAUCUAUUCCCUUCUAGAGAGAGUAAUUAAAUACCCCAAUCGGCUUCGAGCUAAAGAUGUUGAAUUGCAAUCUUUGCGCCGGACUCUUGAAAGGUUGGGGAAAACCUGGUCUGAUCCGAUCCACGGUGAAUCUCGGCUCACAAACACGCACGAUCUUGGAUUCAUCAUGAUGACACACAUGAAGCCUAGAUGGGAGCUUUUCCAUGAUGAAAAAGCUUUGAAUACUAUAAUCACGGCUGCCAAUAACUUGUAUACUCGUUACAAUUCCACGGUCGGUGCGAUUCGCUGCUGGGACGAGCUGGUGUGGACAAACGCCCCUCACAUUCGCGGCAUGGACGAAAACUUCAUCGUCAUAAUCGAUUCUUUGUGCAACCUUGAUCUUCUCUUCUACGCUGCAGCUCACAGUGGAUCUUCUCGUCUCAGCGACGCAGCAAAGCACCAUGCGCAUACUCUAAUCCGCACUCACUUGCGAGAGGAGCCAACAAUGUGUCGCCAAGGAUUCUCCGGUAUGCUAUAUAGCACUGGACAUGUUGUGAGCUUUUGCCCAGAGACGGGAUGCAUAAAAGAGAAACGCACUGCGCAGGGCUUUGACACAAACUCGACGUGGUCUCGUGGCCAGGCUUGGGCGAUAUUGGGAUACGCGCAGACGUAUGCCUGGACGAAAGAUGAAACUUUUCUUCACGUGGCAUGUGGUCUUUCUGAAUACUUUCUGCUUCGACUGGAGAUGGCUCCCAGCUGCGUUGAAAUCCAUUGUGCGGAUGGGACAACAUCCGGCCGCUACGUGCCGAUGUGGGAUUUUGAUGCCCCAAUUGACAAGGAAGGUCUGCUCUUAAGAGAUACCUCGGCAGGUACUGCUGCGGCAAAUGGCAUGCUGAUUCUCUUUCAAGCACUUACCGGCCUUGGGAGAUAUGAUAUGGGAAAGAGAUAUCUGAAAGCAGCUUUAGCCAUCAUCGAGGAAACAAUUUCGUGCUCUCUGGCUUCAGAGCGAGCAAAAUUGGUCACCACGGAGAAUAAAGAUAUCAGCGUUGUCGAUGAAUUGGAGGGAAGCGCUUUUGAGGCCGUCUUGAAAAAUGCCACAGUGUCUAACAACGCUCAGGGAUAUGCACAAAUAAGAGACCAUGGCUUAGUUUACGCAGAUUACUACUUGAUUGAGUUUGGGACGCAACUUCUUCGCCUAGGGCUGGCCUAG